AUGCUACGCAAUGCAUUGCCAACUAAUAUUGGCGACCGUCUGCCUAAUCUCAUUGAACUUACCUUGGCUGGUAACAUGUUUGAAGGUAACAUCCCAGCUUCCCUAGGCAGCGCUCAAGGUUUAGAACUGAUAGAUUUAUCAAAUAACAGUUUCACUGGGAUAAUUCCUACUUCUUUUCGAAAUCUUUCAAGUCUGACUAUUCUAAACCUUGAGUAUAACCAGCUUGAAACAAGGGACAACAGAGACUGGGAAUUCUUAAAUGCAUUGACAAAUUGUCGAUCCCUAAAGAAACUAUCACUCUCUUACAAUCAGCUCCAGGGACCUAUUCCCCAGUCCGUUGGUAAUCUAUCCCCCAGCCUUGAGAGUCUUCGGCUGACUGGAAACAACUUGUCUGGACAAGUACCCCAGAGCAUCAGAAAACUUAAUGCCUUAACUCAACUUGCACUAGGCGAAAACUAUUUAAGUGGUAGAGUCGAAGGAUGGGUUGGAAACCUAACUUCCCUUCAAUUACUAAAUCUCAAGUCAAACCACUUCACGGCCCAAUCCCCAUCCUCUAUUGGCAAUCUUGUUAACUUGACAUAUUUCUACAUAAAUGACAAUGAAUUCGAUGGCCUGAUACCAGCUAGCUUAGGAAACCUUCCACUCUCGAAGCUAGACCUUGGCUAUAACAAUCUCCAAGGGCAUAUACCACCAAACUUUUGGAACCUCCAAGAACUAACAAUAUUGAACGUCGGCCACAAUAAUCUUCAAGGUGCCAUUCCUGAGAUUGGUACCCUUAAACACCUCACCACAUUAGAUCUUUCUUCAAAUAUGCUUACCGGACAAAUUCCUGAUUCUUUGGGCCAAUGUUACGACUUAGUGAGUCUACAAAUGGACCAAAACUCUCUUAUCGGAAACAUCCCAGCAACUUUUGGCAACCUGUCGUCUCUGAGCAUGCUAAAUCUUUCACACAACAACUUGUCAGGCAACAUACCGACAGUUCUAAACACACUGAAGUUCCUCAACAGUCUUGACCUUUCUCAUAAUCAUCUUCAAGGAGAAAUACCCAUAUAUGGAGUGUUUGACAAUGCUACAGCCAUUUCACUUGAGGAUAAUUGGGGGCUCUGUGGAGGCGCCGUGUUUUUCCACAUGGCUUCAUGCAAAACCAUUUCCAAGCAAUCAGAGAGACGAAACCGUUUGAUUAAAGUGCUGAUCCCAAUAUUCGGGUUCAUGUCAGUCAUAUUGUUGGUCUACCUUUUACUCCUUGAGAAGAAGAUGCGAAGGAGGACAGAUGAUACAUCAACUUCACUAGGGGAGAACUUUAUGAAGGUUUCUUAUGCAGAUCUAGCACAAGCCACAGCAAACUUCUCGGAGUCUAACCUGGUUGGAAGAGGAGGUUAUGGUUCUGUGUAUAGAGGAAAGUUGAAGGAAUCUAAGGUGGAUGUGGCUGUCAAGGUUUUUGAUCUUGAGAUGCACGGAGCAGAGAAAAGCUUUCUGAAAGAAUGUGAGGCACUGCGAAGCAUUCAGCAUAGAAAUCUUCUUCCCAUCCUUACCGCUUGCUCGACAGUAGACAGUACAGGCAAUGUUUUCAAAGCUUUAGUUUAUGAGUUCAUGCCUAAUGGGAACCUAGACACAUGGCUGCAUCCCAGAGAGGACGGGAAGGCUCAUAAACAUUUAAGCUUAGCUCAAAGAUUAGACAUAGCUGUCAACAUGGCUGACGCACUGGAUUAUCUACACCAUGACUGCGGAAGACCCACCAUCCAUUGUGAUUUGAAGCCAAGCAAUAUUCUUCUUGAUGGUGAUAUGACUGCUCUUUUGGGAGACUUUGGAAUUGCAAGUUUCUACCAAGAUUCAUGGUCAACAUCAACCAGUUCAAUGAGUUCAUCAUCAGUCGGUGUGAAGGGUACUAUAGUUUAUCUAAACAUGAGUACGCCGGAGGUGGCCGCCGUGCAUCAACCACUGGAGAUGUUUAUGGUUUUGGGAUAA